UUUUUCUAUCUAAAACUCCAAAAACCCUUCAAUGCCCCGACUGCAACGGAAUCAGCUCUGGAUAGAGAUUUGAAACCCACAUCCAAAAUCAAACUCAAAGAUUGUAACUUUUUCAAGCUGUUCUAAUAGGAACCCCAAAACAAUGUCUUGUACCUCAGUUUCUUCUUUUACCACUUCUCUCUUUGUCCCUUCAAAAAACUCAUCUUUGUCAAAUCAUAAGCGCAGACUCAUGCAAUGUUCUCUUGGUGGAACUGUUGUAGAACUGAAAGCUACUGCUGCUUCCGAACUCCUGUUACUCAAUGCUGUUCGAGGGCAAGAUGUUGAAAGACCACCAGUGUGGCUUAUGAGGCAAGCAGGGAGGUACAUGAAGAGCUACCAAAUAAUCUGUGAAAAAUAUCCUUCCUUUCGUGAAAGAUCAGAAAAUGUUGAUCUUGUUGUUGAAAUUUCACUGCAGCCAUGGAAUGUUUUCCAGCCAGACGGAGUAAUUCUAUUCUCUGAUAUUCUUACUCCUCUCUCUGGGAUGAACAUACCUUUUGACAUUGUCAAAGGUAAAGGUCCAAUAAUCUUCGACCCUAUAGUAACUGCUGCUGAUGUUGAUCAAGUGAGAGAAUUCAGCCCUGAGGAGGCAGUUCCUUAUGUUGGAGAAGCAUUGACAAUCUUGCAUAAAGAGGUAGAUAAUAAAGCUGCAGUUUUGGGUUUUGUUGGCGCUCCAUUCACUCUAGCAUCAUAUGUGGUUGAAGGUGGUUCAUCGAAGAACUUCACCAAAAUAAAAAGUUUGGCCUUCUCUCAGCCCAAGGUACUUCAUUCCUUGCUUCAGAAAUUCGCAACCUCCAUGACAAAGUACAUUCAGUACCAAGCUGAUAAUGGAGCUCAAGCUGUUCAAAUAUUUGACUCUUGGGCAACAGAACUAAGUCCGGUGGAUUUUGAGGAGUUCAGCCUGCCAUAUUUGAAGCAAAUUGUAGAUGCCGUAAAACAAACCCACCCGGAUCUUCCUCUAAUCCUCUAUGCAAGCGGAUCUGGGGGCUUGUUAGAAAGGCUAGCUUUAACUGGUGUUGAUGUAGUUAGCUUAGAUUGGACCGUUGACAUGGCUGAAGGUAGGAGGCGACUCGGACAUGAUAUUGCCAUCCAGGGAAACGUUGAUCCUGGUGUACUUUUUGGUUCAAAAGAGUUUAUCACCAAUCGGAUACAUGAUACCGUGACAAAAGCUGGUAAAGGGAAACACAUAUUGAAUCUCGGUCACGGGAUUAAAGUAGGUACACCCGAGGAAAAUGUUUCCCAUUUCUUUGAGGUUGCUAAAUCAAUCAGGUACUAAAAGCAAUACUGGAUUUAACUAAUUUCCUACCAAGUUUAUGCAUCUUCUGGUUAUUUUUUCCAGCCUUUGAUUGUUCCAUUUGUAUUUAUAUUGUUCCAUGAAAUUGUUGACAACUUCGACUCCCAACAUGUAUCUAUGUUACUCAAACUCGAGUGAGAGUCAUGAUGCAAGUUUGCAUCCGAAACGGGUAUGUU